AAAAACGAUCGAAUAAACCAUUAAAAUAUGACGAUCAAUGGCAAGACGAGCCGUUAUAGGGCCCAAGUUGACGUGACGUCACCGGCUACUUCGUAUGUAAACAAUAACUAUGGCUGCCAGUCUGGCGAAGUUACGUCCCUUAUCUACGUGUUUCACGGGGCACGGCGCAUUUCUGGGCAGCAUCCGCAACUACUCUUACACCACCAACCCCAAGCCCAUCCCACCAAUUAGGAACUUUAAACAGAAGCAUUACAAUCAGAAAUUUAGGAAGGACAGAGCGUUGAAGGUCAUCAAAGUCGAGUUACCAGACCUCAAUGAAAAGGAUGUUAAUGAUAUGACACCUGACGAAGUGAGAGCUAAGAUGCGAGAGAAGGGAAUUCAGCCCAUCAGACCCUGGAUGGAGAAGCCAGUUUUCAUAGCUUCGACUUCAGCGACAUUUGAACCUUAUAUCCCGCCCGAAGGAGACGGGAAAGUGUCUAUGAUAUCGAAGGAGGGCGCUAAGCAACGGUUCCAGUUCCUGGAGAAGAAAGGCAAAUCCAUGAUGGCCGUUCGGAAGAUCAGGCAGUUCGACGACGAUUUUGACACCAAGGUAUUUGUCAAUGAGGCGAUGCAGAUAUACAUCGACACACACAAGGCUCUAGUCGACUUUGACGAAGACAAGCUCCACGAAUUGGUGACUGAACGAGCAUACCCUCUGGUGAUCAACGAGAGGAAGAAUCGUACCCUGAGGUGGCAGUUCAUUCGUUCGAUAGAGCCCCCAACAGUGGUCCACGCACGCACGACAGACAUCAUAACGAAGGAGAACAUCUUCGCUCAAGUCACCGUCCGAUUCCAUACGAAACAGACUCUGGCAGUUUACGACCGCUUCGGCCGACUCAUCCAGGGCUCAGAAGUUGUCGCCAGAGACGUCCUGGAAUACGUGGUGUUCGAAAAGCACGUGGCCAACACCUACGGAACCUGGAGAAUCCACGACAAGAUCGUUCCGGAUUGGAUGCCCCCUAGACAGCCCAUUCGCAGGACGUAUAGGAUGGAUGAUGUUGAGGUGGAACCUGUUGAAGAGGAAGAAGCUGUUGUUACAAAGGAAGAUGCAAAAGAAACUGCGGGUGCAGCUUCUAGUUAAUUUUAAAAUAUAGUUAGAAAUAGUGAUGAGGAAUUGUUCGUUUUGUAAAUAAAGUUUUAAAAAGUUUAAAGGAAAA